AAAAAAAAAGAGGAAGGGUCCAUCCCGGCAGGACUUGAUUUUACACUGAUAAAAAGAAACUGCAAUGGAGAGCACAGUAUCAGUCACUUUCUUCAUAUCAUUUUCCAUACUACUCUGUGAAAGUUAUCAUCAUGGAGUGGAGACAGCUACUGUUGUGCAUACGUCGGAGAGAACUUUUCCAGAAAAGGCAGCUGGUGUUAAUAUUGACUUGGCAGGAUUAAUACAGAAGUUUCACCUUCAGGAACUUUUUCAUCGUUAUGGAGAAAACAACUCUCUAUCCGUUGAAGGGUUUAGAAAACUGCUCCAGAACAUAGGUAUAGAUAAAAUGAAAAGAAUUAAAAUAGACCAUGAUCAUGACCACGAUCAUGACCAUGAUCAUCACCAUCAUAAUCAUGUUUCAUUGAGUAAAAACUCUGAGAAGACUGCUUGUCCAAACCAUGAACGUGAUACUAACAAAGACCACAGGAACAGUCACUCAAAGGAACCUCAUAAAGUAGAGACUGCAGAUCGUCAGCAGAACUUUGUACGCAACAGGAACACAGUUAAUGAAAUAACAGCAUCUGUCAUCACUGUUCCCACAGGCGGCCACUCUGAAUUACAGAAUGUGCAACCUGGAGAAGUCAAGCGGGUUGUUCGUUUAGGUCUGACGAGCUCUAAUGCUGUUAAUGUCACAGGUGGCAGCAAUGCCAGCUGGCUUGCUAACACCAAAGCAAAUGAAUCUCAUGCUUCUCCGAAGGAAUUGGAAAGAGGAAAUUACCUCUAUUCUAAAUUGAAAAAACAAAAUACCCAAGAGUGCUUCAGUGCAUCAAAACUGAUGCAGUCCCAUGGAAUAGGGACUCAAGCAUUGUUGUCUGCUACAGAAUUUAGUUACCUCUGUCCAGCUCUUAUUAAUCAGAUCGAUGGCAAACACUGUAUAGUCCAUGCAACCAGUGAAAAAACUGAAACUCCUCCAAAAGGUUACUCUCUGCAAAUAGCUUGGAUUGGUGGCUUUAUAUCCAUCUCUGUCAUCAGUUUUCUUUCCUUAUUGGGUGUUAUAUUGGUACCUCUGAUGAAUCGCGUAUUUUUCAAAUUUCUUCUAAGCUUUCUUGUGGCACUGGCUGUGGGGACUUUGAGUGGAGAUGCUUUCUUACAUCUCCUUCCACAUUCUCAUGGAAACCAUCACCAUCACCACGAAAAACCUCUGUUUGAACAAAACAAAGGCUCUAUGUUCAAACAUCUUGUUUUUCAAAGUACAGAAGAGAGUGCUUACCUGGAUUCUACGUGGAAGGGACUUACAGCACUUGGAGGACUGUAUUUCAUGUUUCUGGUGGAACAUUUGAUCACUUUAAUAAAGCAAUUUAAAGACAAGAAGAAAAAGAAAAAAAAUGAAGAUGAUGGAGGAUGUAAGAAGUUUUCAGCGAAUGAAGAAAAGUUAGAUGCAGAUGAUCGACCUGAGGGCUAUCUAGGGACAGACUCUCAAGAUCCGUCACCCUUCAUUUCUCAGCAACCAAUUGUACAAGAAGAAGAAGAAGUGAUGAUAGCUCAUUCUCAUCAAGAGGAGGUUGACAAUGAAUAUGUAUCCAGGGUCUGUAGAAACAAAUGUCAUUCUCACUUACAUGAUACUCUAGGACAGACAGAUCAUCUUAGUCACCAUCACCAUGACUACCAUCAUAUCCUGCAUCACCAUCAUCAUCAGAACCAUCAUCCCCACAGUCACAGUCAGCGCUACUCACGUGAAGAACUGAAGGAUGCGGGAAUUGCAACCCUGGCAUGGAUGGUGAUUAUGGGAGAUGGACUACACAAUUUUAGUGAUGGCUUAGCAAUUGGAGCAGCCUUUACUGAAGGGUUGUCUAGUGGUUUAAGCACUUCUGUGGCUGUGUUUUGCCAUGAAUUACCUCAUGAGCUAGGAGAUUUUGCCGUACUUCUAAAAGCCGGAAUGACUGUCAAGCAAGCUGUGCUUUAUAAUGCUCUGUCAGCUAUGCUGGCCUAUCUUGGAAUGGCAACUGGUAUUCUUAUCGGUCAUUAUGCAGACAAUGUUUCAAUGUGGAUAUUUGCACUUACUGCUGGCUUGUUCAUGUAUGUGGCUCUUGUGGAUAUGGUGCCUGAAAUGCUCCACAAUGAUGCCAGUGAUCAUGGAUGUAGCCGUUGGGGAUACUUCCUCUUACAGAACGCUGGGAUUUUGUUGGGUUUUGGGAUAAUGCUGCUUAUCUCCGUAUUUGAACAUAAGAUUGUAUUCAGCAUAAACUUGUAAUCCUGGUUGCCAGGAAGAGAGCUUGGUGUUAAAAGUGGUAGUUUUUUCUAUUAAAUUUCCUAAUGGAGAGGUACGUUUGAUUAUAGACUAGAUCUUUUUAUUGGUUUGCCUUGCUGUUGUGUCCCUCUCUCCCUUCUUAGCUUGAUAGAAAUGAACACUGUAAGGUUUUUUUCCACUUAGGAUUUAGCAUUGUAUAUGGUACUGUGGAAAGUUGUACUUUGUAAAACGUGGUGAAAGUGCCAAGUCUUUUACAGGAGUAUUGUUUGAGGGGUUAGGGUUUUUUUUUUUGUAAGUUUAUUUACUGUAUGUAAUUAUAUGUAACAGGUUUUUUACUUCAAUAGUUUUGUUGGUUUAAAGAAAUGUAAAAUGACAGUGGUGUUUUUUUUUAUCUCAGUAAAAAUUACAGAGCACAGUAGGCAGUGUAAAAAAAGAAAGAGACAUGUAAUGGGUAGCGUAUUGGUAGAAAUUCCUCUCUUCUGCAUCCACCUAGUUUACAUGGAGUGGCAGAUGAGUCCACUCCAUCCUUUUUGUGGUGGUUCUUUUUUCAAUACCUUGUGGAUUCUUAGUGUCUUAUUCUGGUUGGUUUCUAUUUCAAAUGAUUUCUUGUGAAAUUAUGUUUUAUGUGUUGGCACCAAAUGUUUUACUUGUUUCAUUCCUUCUGAUGGAUGCUGAUUUCUUAAAUCAGCAACAGAAGUACAGGUAUUAGAUUGUAAAAGCAUAGCUGUAGCUCUAAUAUGCGUGGAUUCCAUCAAAAAGGCUUUAAAACUAGUGCUAUGUCCCACUUAACACUGCCUGAAAUGGCAAAGGUAUAUUAAAGUCUGUUUGAGGUGAAGGGGAGGAGUGCUACAGGCUGAAACACAGUCAUUUACUACAACAGGUUUCUUAACUAAAAUAUUGAUUUACUGUGGCAAAUGAGCUGAGCGGGAGAGCUGACUACUUCUAGUUUAAUGUGAUUGCACAUAAUAAACCUAUGCUUGCAAAACAGUUACAUUCUUUGCAACAAGUAAGCUGAGAAAUCCAAAAUAGCCAAAUUUCUUUGACAAGAUGUAUAGGGAAGCAGCAUGCUAAGGGUAAUUCUAAGUGUCUACAUAACUAUGUAGUUUGAGCUUACAGUCUUAAUAGUCUCACCUCCCUAAAAGUAACUGAAGGAAAGAGAAGGAUGAAAAAGAUGGUGGCAAAAUAAAUAAGUUAUGCAUUUGUAAGAAAACUGCACAUCAGACAACUUCUGUGUAAUCAAGAAGUAACAGAAUUCUGCUUCCUUAAGUAGCUAGCCUUAAAAGUCCCAGAAAUAAACCAGUUAGAACUUACUUCUGAUCCAACUUUACCACUGCUUCUAAUCAUCAGCUGAAUAAAAAGCUUGAACAAAGAGGAGGUGUUUGGUAAUACCAUGUCUGUCAGGUUAAAUCAGUCUGGCAUAUGUCAAUCUGUCAAAAUGAAAGUUUUUUGGUUGUUUUUUUUUUUUUACUAGUUAAGGAAUGGAGAUCAUAGGAGUUUCUGCAGCCAGGGGAAUACUAGCUUUUCCUCCUCUUUCAGUCUUUCGUCACAUUAACAAGAUUGAGAUUUAAUCUUCUUCCCACAGUGAUGAAAUCCUGUUCCUUGCCUCCUCUGAAGUCAAGGGGUAGAGAAAGGUGUACUUACUUCAGCUCUGCUAAGGCAUCUUGAAUGGAGGAUCCUGAUGGGAUCUUACCAGCUCCCUCAGAUCCGCAUGUGUAUGAACCUGUUUCUCUUUUCUCUUGGUGAGCAGUCGUUUAGAGAGAACAACACACUUCUCUUUCAGGAAGAGAAGUUUCAUUUUACAUUCCCUGGGUUACUUUCUGUCACUGGAAACUACUCUGGAGCUGGGAUUUCAUCUGUGACAAAGAACACUGACAAACGUUGGUAGGUGCAUGCCUUCCCUUCAUCAAGCACUUUACAUUUUGUGUUUCUUAUUAUUCUAUGCCACUGCGUUUUGAUUUAAGUUUCUCGACUUUUGUUAGAAGCACAUCUCUGAUUAAAAAAAGGCAGAAGUGAUCUGCCAGAGGCGUUCUUUAACUUGAGGUGCAGAAAAGCCACACCACGGUACAAUAGCCAUCUGCUACAUUUAUUAGCGUCACCUUGGUCAUCUAUCCUAUGCUCUUUUUACUCUUUCUUGUAGCAGUUGUAUUCUAGUGUUCUCAAGCUCCAAAUGGUAGUAUCUGAGAGUAUGAUGAAAAAUGUAUAUAUAUCUACCCAUUGCUUCUGUCAUUUGAGCAGUCUCUGAAGAGAUGAUAACUUCCUGGGUUUUUUUUUCAAGUUAUCUAAAUUCUUAUGACAUUUCUGCCCUUAACCUGUGCUAUGACUGUACCCUGACUUUUUUGUAGCUAAAACUAUGGCUAAAACCUAACUGAUGAUCUUCAUCUUUCCUUUGCUAACCAUAGUGCUUGAAUAAUAGAAUCUUUGGCUGAUAGAAAAUUACUCAGUUAUUUGUGUAUGUAUGUGUCACUGCUUUCUUUAGAAAAAGUGAAAGUUCAAUCUCACCCCACCACAAACACUCAGAACCUGUCAGAAUGGAAUUUUCCAUGCCUUGACUACUACCUUUUCCUGUACUGACUUCCUAUCUCCACAGUCCUACCUCAUUCCACAUUUCUGAAAAUGUGUCUGUUUUUCCUCUGGAGGUCUCUUCCUGAUAUCUGUGUGUUACAGUUGAACGUGCCACCCUUUGGAGGUGUCAAACUUGACCCUAUGUUGUUUAAAUGAGUCUUACCUUUAGGGGUAGUGGUGCUGGUCACUGCUGGAGCCAGUAUGCCUCAGUUCUUGCUCCUAUACUGGUACAUGAGCAAGACGUGUUCCUGGGCAAAACCUCAGUAUGGCUUCACCCCCCCCCCUUUCCAUCCAAACCUCUCAUCACAGCUCUGUUUUGCUGAAAUCUGUGCAUCAUAGUGUAUUUUGUAGGGCUUGGGCACUGUAUUUACCAGUGGUCUGGAAAACCACCAUAAAUUCAGUAGGCUGUAGCCUAUGGGUCUUCUGCCUUCUGUCCCGUACCUUCAACCCUUCCAGAAAUCGGGCAUGCUCCAUCGCUUUGGUCAUGAGGGAUUUCAGACUUGGAUUCAGUCCACUCUGAUUUUUUUUCACAGUGGUUUCUGUUAGCCUACAACCUUAAUAGCUGCUAGUUUACCCGGACUUGUGUGCUGGAUAUGACCCAGGAAGCCAGCAUGUAGCCCCGUGUUGCCCAGGAGGUUAUAAGAUCACUGACUAAAUAAUGGAGAUAAAUCUACAGAUUUCAUUCAGAGUUUCUAAUGGGCUCUUGGCUGGCUUUUGAUAUAAUUACUGACAUUAAGAUAUCUACAUAUCAAAACACAUUGGUAAUGUAACUAUGUGAAAAAUAAAUUGUCUUUAAAGCAUGCAGGCAGAAAUGGCUCUAAGCUAGACACAAACAUAUCCCAUCCAUUCUGUGCUCUUUAAUCUUUGAUGGAGAGAUGUCCAUGACUGGUAACUGGGAGGACCAUAGAGUGAAACCUGCUGUGGGUUUGUACCAGCAAGAUGACAACGUUUUUUUGUUUGGUUGGUUGGUUUUUUUGUCCUUUGUCAGCCUUAUAAAGUAGAAUCUGCAUCUGUUGCAAUGUACUGGCAUUGAAAAUACUCAUGGUUUGGCAAAUGGAUGGGGCAGUGUCUCUAAGCAGCCCUUUAUUUUCGUGUAUGUAUUUUUCUGCAGCAGUUUGUAAUGUGCCUGACUAUCCCAGCUAAUAAAUGGGAGUGCGUCUGUUUUGUUUAUCUUUUUGUACCUUAAUUGUGGUACAGACCUUAAUUUUGUAUGUUGUUACAGCUGCCUUAUUUAGUGCCUGUGCUAGGUACAAGUGAACAGAAUAAGCAAACAAUGCUGGAAUCAAAGUUAUUUUCUUUGUAAUGAGUUUUUCUGAUGGCUUUGAGCCUGUAUUUGUAGAGGAAAGGUGUCAUGUGAAGUUGCUAUGUGCAACAAGAGUUGGAACAAGGGUGUUCUCACCUGCCUGGCCCAUUCCUUUUCCUCUCUGCUCCUUUGUGGCCAGGGCACCUCAGUGUGGUGCCAGUUGUCUUGUGAGGAUGCUGCUGAGUUCUGUGUAUUUAAAAUACAGUUGAGGCUAAAAUGUAAUUCAUGGUGGCUCUCCUGCUGCCUGAAUGUGGAGACCAGUGUAAUUAAAAUUCCUGUUGAAAAUCUGGGUCACUCUGGUUUGCCACAAGCAAGAAACACAAAGAUGUUUUCAUGAAAUGUAGUUUUUAUUUACAGUACUUUUUUUUUUGUGCAUAUGAUGAUCACUGUAACUGUUACUCUGUUGUGUACUAGAGAAAAUAAACCACUGAAUCAAAUGCUGAUGUUCGAGC